UUUAUCAAACUGAUGGCACACGUCAAACUUAUACUUUAUUUAUCAAACUGAAUAUAUAUAAUCUUUGAUAUUUCUUGAUAUUUUCAGCGAUGUCCAAGGUUCCAAAAUUUGAUUUCAGAGAUGUGUCUUUAGGUUUGAAAAUACUACGAGAUUUUUUAUUAGGAAGGAAACAUACCUUGCACUGUAGGUUUCAACCUAUAAUCGCUCCGAGGUCCAUCCCAACUCCAGAUAUUCCUAGAGGGCCUGUGUAUAAAUAUUCCAACCAAUAUUAUUGCAACCGGAAUGUGUAUGAUUCAGUGAAGCCGCCUGUGGUCGCACCCGUUGCUCAAGGGCCUCCAUUAAACCAGGAUCCGUUCAAGAAAACUCAACCUGGUGGUAUUCCGCCUGAGUCGGUGUGUUUUAACUUUGCGCCGACACCGGGCGACGCUUGGUGGUGGGACGGGCACUGCUACUAUGAGUGCGUGCCCGAACCGCAGCCCUACUGCCCGGAGCGCCCGUCCCCGCCGAAGGACUGCGGCGGCGCGCCUCCUGACCCCUGUGCGCCCUGCCCACCUUGUCCACCUAUUCCUCUCACCCCAGACAAGGUGCCUCAUUCUAAAUGAUUGAAAAUGCAACAUUUUGUGUCGGCAUUAAAUGUAAUGAUUUGUUGAA